CGCUGCCCUCCCGCCGCCAGGGGGCGCUGCCGCCGCUCCCUCAGCCAAGAUGGCGGCGGCCGCGCGGGCCCUGCGGGUCCUUCCCCGUGCCCUCCAUGUCCCCAGCGCCCCCCGGCAGCUCCACACCAGCCCCGUGUGCCUCAAGGCGCGGGCGGCGCGGGUGCGCGCGGGCAAGGGUGACAAGCUGGUGACGUACGAGCAGGCGCACGCCCCGCACCACAUCGGGCACCGCAAGGGCUGGCUGUCCCUGCACACCGGUAACCUGUGUGGCGAGGCGGGCGCCGCCCAGCGGGCCCUGGAGGACGCGUUCCUGCGGCGCUUCCUGGCCGGGACGUUCCCGGGGCUGCUGCUGGACGAGCCGGUGCUGAAGCGCCGCGGGAACCUGCUGGUGCUCUGCGCCCUCCUGGCGCGGGCGCUGCCGCCCCACAAGCUCUACUUCCUGCAGGGCUACGCCGAGACCCUGCUCGGCCACUUCUACAAGUGCCCCGUGCGCCUGGAGCUGCAGACCCUGCCCGCCCGCCUGCCCUACAAGUUCAUCUAGGGCUAACCUGCAAACGGCCCUAAAAACCUCUAAAUGGCCCUGAAAAACCUGUAAAUGUUCCUAAAGGAAUGAUCUGGGGUGUACCUUACAAGUACCUCUAGGAAUAAACCUGUAAAUGUUUCCAAAAAACCUGUAAAUGUUCCUAAAGGAGUGAUCUGAAAAGUCCUCAGUGGGCCCUACAAGUUCCUCUAGGGAUAAAGCUGUAAAUGUUCCUAAAAAACCCAUAAAUGUUCCUUAAAAACCUGUAAAUGUUCCUAAAGGAAUGAUCUGGGAUGUCCUCAGUGUGCCCUACAAGUUCCUCUAGGGAUAAACCUGUAAAUGGUCCCAAAAAAUCUGUAAAUGAUCCUAAAGGAAUGAUCUGGGAUAUCCUCAGUGUGCCCUACAAGUUCCUCUA